GGCUGGAGGGAUAGUUCAGAGUAAAGAGCUACAGUCGGACACAGAUCGCAUCUGGAAGUGUGCAGUUGCUCUCAUCCUUCUGUUCCUCAGCAGUCAUGUUGGUUUUACUCGCUGCCAUCUUCGUCCUCCACCUCACCUGCAUCGCUCUGCUGCUGGCCGCCACCAUCCAUAACGCCUGGUGGGUGACCGACACAGUGUCCACUGAUAUCUGGGCUCGAUGGACUCUGACUGGUGGACAGUGGAACUACACUGAGCUUCCUGAUUUCUAUCCCAAAGAGUAUCUGCAGGCGGUUCAGGCCAGCUCCGUGCUCGCGUGCAUCUUCUGCAUCCUGGGCCUGUUCGUGUUUGUGGCGCAGCUGUACACGCUACCUAAAGGAAGACGCUUCCUGUUCUCCGGAGUCUUCCAGCUGCUGGCCUGGCUGUGUAUAAUGAUCGCGGCGUCCAUCUACACGGACAUCUUCCAUAAAGACGAGCGUUUCGGGAGCUACGGAGCCUCCUUCAUCCUGGCCUGGAUCUCCGUCUGUCUCACCUUCAUCUCCUGCGUCACAUACUUCGUCCUGCGCAAGAAAACAGCGUGAGGAAGAGCACAAACGCAGAGACUACAAGCAUCCAUCCUCACCUCUGACAAA